AAAACAAAACGAUAAGUUGGAUUGCAAAGAGUUCGCGUAAAUGCGAAAAAUAUAUUGGAAAGCGCAGAAGUAAACAUUGAGUUGUGAAAUUGGGAUCACAGGCAUCUCGUACGGAUCGGCGAAAAUAAUAACAAUGGUCCUGCUGCUCGUGCACCUGAGGCGUAUCAUUUUACUGCUGACCGUGGUCUACAUGAGCGGAGCGGUAUUCCGCCGCCUUCUCACCGAAAGGCACCACGCCUACGUCCUGCAGGGAAAUGGAUACAUGAGCUUUGGUCGCCUCCGCGGAGGCGCAGGAUCCAAGGAGCCGUACCACUUUCAAUGGUGGGCCUACAUAUACACCUGCUAUGGCUACGCCGUGCUGGUCAACUACGUCAACAGGCGUCGGCUGACCAACCUGAUCGAGUUCAUCUUGCACUGAUGUUAUAAAUUUCUGUAAAAAUAUGUAACAAACCUAAAUAAUAGUAUACUCAGUAAAAAACUUAUUAUGAAAUCUAA